AUGAAACGCAACAACAGCACAGGCAGCACACCCUCGACCUUACGACACCAAGAUACUUCCAAAGCACGGAGAGAGCACAGACCUACGAAAGCAGCAAGGAGGAAUGACUCCGAGGCCAGUCCAUAUAUUCCAGCAGCUGUUGAGACCGAGAAUGUACAGGCCGAGUCAAGUCCGAAUCCAAACCAAAGUCUGCCGCGAACGAUAAAAAUGCCUUCACAAAUCAUACGUGGCCAAAAGAGAACGACUCGCUCGAUAUCUUCUCAGACAUUAAUACCAGUUCGUACUUUCUCAACCCCGGCAACACCUCCGCCCUCAGUCCCUCCCCCUCCCAUACCGACUCACAACCACCCGCAAUUACCUCCCCUACCCCCAAAGAUUCCUCGCGCUCAGCGAUCAAGUAUUCCAACGCCUACAUCCGUUCUUAAACCAGCAACGAGAUUAUCCCGUGCCGCAUCGAGUCCUUCAGUUCCAACUCGAACGGCAAUGACAAAACGUGUACAACUGUCAACUAGAGUUGAAGUCUUUGAAUCAGAAUGCGGGGAGAGAAAGAAAAGGAAGGAAGAGACAAAGGAAACGGGCGAGAAGACUGCCACGACAUUAUCGAUCACAACUUCCUCGUCAUCAAAGCCAGUUUCUGAAAAUAUGACUAUGGAUGAUGGUAGUGUAAUGACGUUUGAACAGAUGCGCGAAUGUCUUGGAAAUGGCAGCAUUAGCAACGGCAGCGGUAGUAGCAAUAUUAAUGAUGGCGGUAUUGACACGAAUAAUGUUAACAAAAUGAUAGUGACAGAAAGUAUAUCUGGUGAUAAAAAGGUCGAAGAUCCGGUGGAACUGGGAGCAAAUCCAUUCCCGCCGCUACCGACUAAAGGAGGUCCGAAUCGAGCGGACGCUUUGCCGACACCCGUCUCGCCAACGCCAAAGAAAAAUACAGUCUUGUCAACAGCAAAGAAAUUGCCAAAGACGUUGAUGCGAUCAUUGAGGAGGAAUUCAAAGCCGCAGCCUGUUAUAACGACAUCCAGAAACGAUCCUAUGACCGUAAUAACGGAAUCAGCGACAACGGCAAGUAGAAAUCCAAAGCCGGCGUCACCAAAAAAGCAAGGAUCGCAACCGACGACACCGACGACGAUUACAGCUCUCAAUAGCACGAUUGUGUCAUCGUCAUCGACGUCGUCAUUAUCUAAUCCACAUGCCGUGCCAGUAAUUCCAUCCUUGUCGUCUUCUACACCCUCUUCCACGCCCUCUUCCAUACCUUCUUCUGCAAACUUUACUCCUCUACAUACGCCCACAUCGCCCGUUCCCCCAUCGCCGUCUCGCUCGUCACCGUUUCUCGCAAAAUUCACUUCCAAGCAAUCUCCUAAAUCGUCUGCAAAGAAAAAGAUACGUCCGAGAAGUAUCGUGCUGAGUACGCAAGCAAUAGCAAAUGUAUUUUUUAGGAAAGUCACGCGAGCACGAAGUGCGAGUUUGGGGAACGAUUUGAGUAGUGUUGGAGGAUUUUCGAGCGUGAGUGGAAUGACCAAUGCAGGUGGAAUGGGUAUUUCGGAUAUAAAACAGAAUUCGUCUCCCGGAAGUCCGUCAUCGAUUUACGCGUACGAGAGUUUUCCAGAUCCGGCAGCAGAGGAUUUUGUCGAUGUAGUCGAUUGGGAAUUGCCGGAUUCUAUUAGCGCCACUGCUGAUGCGGGUGGCGUGUUGCAGAUGAUAGAGUAUGAUGGAAUUUUGAUUAAUGGAGUAAGGGUUAAUUAG